AUGAACAUUCGCUGGAUCCACGGCUAUAAUCCUAAAGUUGUUGUUAUAAAUUUGAACGAUGACGGUAGCACGGUGGCUUUCUACGCAGCGGGCAACUGCGCUGUCCUGUACAAUUGGACGAAAAACGAAAUGAGGAUACUACAAGGACAUAGGCACAUGGUCACAAACAUAGCUUCGGACAGUAAAGGAAAAUGGCUGGUGACCGCUGACUCAGGCCCGGAGAACGUGUUAAUAGUUUGGGACAGCAGCGACUACUUCCCCCAGAAGACCUUGUUCUCUCCACAUGGUGCAACGAGCAUCGCGAAGGUCGCACUCAGUGCUGACGCAAAGUAUCUACUAACCCUUGGCUAUAAGGAUAGAGCGGUGAUCUACUGGUGGAUUUGGUCUUUUGGGUAUGACGAACCUCAUGCCUCUCUGGAAGUGCACAUAUCCCGCGGUGCAGUCAUUGAUAUGGCUUUCAAUCCUAUGAGGUCCGAACAGUUCGUACUUAUGACGAAACAUGAUAUAUGGAUUGGUAUUUCUAAGAAAACGUUCGCCAUAGAAAGGGGAGUUCUAAAAGAAACCGACAAUUACGAGUUGAAGAUUCAGACGGUCGAGAGGAAGCAAAGCACAGACUUUGGAAAACUGACUUGCUUUACUUUUGUAAAGGAGACUUCUCAGAUUCUAGUCGGGACCAAGAGAGGCAACGUGCUCGUUUAUGGCUACACUGCCGAGUACCAAGAGAACGUCGACGCUUCUAAUACUGAUGACUUAAAGUUCGUCAAAGGUUUGAGAGUAGAACAGAAAAGGAUUAAUGUUUUAAAAAAUGUCGAUGGUGUAAUUGUGACGGGCAAUAACGCUGGUGAAAUUCGCUUCUAUGACCCCCAGUUAAAACUGCUCUACUGGAUACACGGCUUCACGGUGGACUGUGUAAAAGGGCUCAGUUUCAAUUUAUCGCCGAGGAGUUAUCAAAUAUUGGACCCAAAAUGUAAUCAACCAUGUCCGUGUUGGGAAAAUGUGAUACUGGAGGUAGAUCCAGAGACUGGUGUCAAGCGCCAGAAGCUUAUGAGGAGCAGACUGCCUCCUGACGCAACUGUGGCUAACAAACCGUUCGUCGUCAGAGAUUUUAUUGUGUGCACAAACGACCAGGGUAUCGGCUUCGUGGAAUUCGUAACGGAGAAGAACAUGAUCAUCAUGGACAACAAGACAUCACCAGCGCUGUCUCUUACCGUACACCCUGAGAAGCCUUUUGUUUGCGUUGGCUACACUGACGGGACAGUAGAAAUGUAUAACUUCGACCAGCAUAAAUUGUUCACGAGACUGGACCUUAGAGAUCGUUACAAGAUCGUUACUCCUUCGAAGGACGAUUCCAUCAAGUGCAGCGUUGACGUGGCUAUGCCGCAACUGUCUGUUACCAGCAUGAAGUAUUCACCAUCAGGCUUGCACCUAGCUUGCGGUCUUAAUACAGGAGAAUUGUUGUUCUUGGACCCAACCACGAUUGAAAUACGCACAAACAAACCCUUCAGGGACACCAAAUACGCCAUCAAGGAAAUAACAUACAGCCCUGAUUCUCUCACAUUGGCGUGCGCUGAUGAGGGUAGAACGAUAUGCCUGUACAAGUAUGAUUGUUCUGCCCUGGCGUGGAAGUUCAUCGCGAAGCACAGGGCGCAUUACAAAGAUAUUACCGCGGUCUUCUUCUUGCCCGAAAAGAACGGAAACGGAGACUACAAGCUGGUCUCACUCGGCGCAGACCGCAUCCUUGUAGAGUACGAUAUUGGAGCUAGCUUUGACGAGUAUCUGGAAAUACUAAGCUUGGAUAGAAUAGACCAGACGGCUGUCCCGCUGACCGGUAUACCUUGGCCUAAUCCAAAAGAUGUGGAUCCGGAAACUUGUCGCACUGAUUUACCUAUGAUUCUAGUCGCAAAUGACGAACACAAAUAUAAAAUUAUAAAUUAUAAAACAACAAUGACCCUAUCUACAAUACUCGGCCCUCGUUUCGAGCAUCCAGUACGUAAGAUCCAACUGGUAACUAAGAGAGAAGGAGACGAGAUCUCACAAUAUCUCCUGUUCGCCACUAAAAAUAUAAUUGGUCUACAGAAGAUGCCUCUAGAUGGCAAUCCAUGGAAACACAUCGGUCUGUUGGGGCAUCCAAUAGAGGUGACACAGAUGUGUUAUCGGGAAGACCACGGUGCUCUGUUUACAAUAGGAGCGAAGGACAGCUGCGUGACACAGUGGGCUGCUGAUUACAGUGCGUUAGACAAAACAACUAAGCUGGGAGGUGGAGACCUCGAUCCCUACUAUUGUUUAAUCGAAAACGGUCGGCCUGGCUGGCUGUUCCACGAGAUCCGCGACUUAUUUUACUACAUCCAGAUAUUGUGCCAAGGCACCUUCUCACCGUCUAUGAGACGCGUCAAGGACUACAUCCCUUUAGACGCGCUCCCUGAUUUGAUGAGGGCGCUGGGUUUCUUUCCCUCUGAAUAUGAGGUCGAAAAUCUGAUCGUUGAGGCGAAGUACAAAGUGUGCCAACGACGCCCCUCAACCGAGAUAAACUUCGAGGAGUUUGUAAAGUUAUAUUUGAAUCAUCGGUCCGCGUUCGCCAAGGACUACAGGAGCCUCAGGAAUGCAUUUAGAAACUUCGCAUCUAUUCACGAGAACUCCUAUGUCAUUACGAGGGACGAGUUCAUAAGCAUGUUAAGAAAUCAUGGAGAACGGUUCCCGCGGGAAUUGUCGUGGUACCUGCUGUCUAUUCUUUGUGAUCACAGCUUUGAGGAGAGAACCAUGUUGAGCGACGAAUAUUUCUCCUUUUUACCAGAGACAAUAACGCUGGGUGAUCUUCUGACGAACAUAAUUGGAGUACAGGAUUAUGAGAACAUGUCGGAGCAGUUUUCAGGCAAAGCUUCUAGUAGCUCGCAGCACACCGCCUCGUCAGACUCCGAUGAUGGGACAUUUUUGAUGUCACAUUAA